AAUUACAACGCCAUAUCUUCAAAUCUUCGAACUGUUGGAGAGAACAAAGAGAAACAAAAAAGUAUCGGCGAACACCUUGUAUUCAUACCCGCUUUCGAACGGAUUCCGAGUCGUGUAUAUUUCAUUGAAAUUUGGUCGUAAUAAAUAUUCCUUAUUGUGUUGGAUGGUGAUAAAAAAUAAAGAACGUUGGAAGACAAUUGAAAAUACUGUUUAUAAAAACUUCGACGACUGUUCGAUUUUGCAAAAAAAAUGAAGGGAGAGAAAAGAAAUCUGGUCAGAAUACAUUUUUUCGCAAACGCUUGUCACGUAUGUAGAGCUUACGGUAAAAAUAUCGAAUUAAAAAGAUGUUCGAGUUGCAAAUCAAUUGCUUACUGCAAUCAGGAACAUCAGAAAGCGCAUUGGUUGAAACACAAAGAGUUGUGUAAAAUUCUCAGCGAUAUUAUCAAAGUUAAUGGUACGCUUCACGAACCACUUGGUGAUUUUGAAAAAAAUCCAAAAUCUUGGGUGAAAGCGAAGGAGAAGUUGAUCACUUUGGUAGAAUCAAAAUUGGGCCGUGAGCUCAUGCUUUUCGAAUGUGAAAUGUUGGAAUUUCCAAGAUCCUGUGAAAUUUGUCAUGAAACCGAUUCUAUUAAGUUACGCGAUUGCAAAGAGUGUCCGGAUGCCAGCUUCUGUACAAAACAUCCCAGGGACGACCGACAUUCUGCCAAGUGUAAAACUUCCAAUCUCUGUUUCGCAAUGCAUACAACGACCUUUCCCGUUGGAAUAGGUUUAUUAGCAUGUAUGGCUAUUGGAUCUCAUCAUGAAGAAAAAAUCCCGAAAAAUAUGGAAGAAGCAAUGAAACUGUUUUUAAUUCACUGCCCUGUCAACAAGACUGAUGCGUCGUCGAAACUUUGGAUGAAUCCGAAGGAAGUCUAUCCAAUGAAUGCCUGGCAAACCGUGCUGCAUCACAUUCCAUCUCUCAAAGUGCUUAAAAUUGUCUUUGUUGGUCCGAAACGAUCAUCCGAUCCUGAAGAACUUGAUCUCUGCGUGGACUGCAACAAUCUUAAACGCAAAUUGAUCGUUCAGGAAGUGGGGGACUCGUACUUGGAUUUCAUAACUGCCAAGUCCUUCACAAAACCCGAUUACGUCAUCGGAUUUCAUUUACAAAUGUGCCACGACAUUCGUCAACACGACCACUGGACUUGUACCUUCAAGGAAUUGAAAAAACUUGGCUGUCCUUUUUCUGUGACUUCCUCCUCCACCAUAGAAUUUGAAGGACAAAGAACAGCCAUUGAUAUUUUUUUUGAGAAAGAAGUGAAAUACACAUGGGCAGGCAGAAAUCCAAUGGCUAGCUUAAGUCCUCACAGACACAUUGAGGACAAUGACUUCUGGUUUCCCAAUCAAUGGAUGACCAUUUACAAAAAAUUGGAUUGAAAGAUACUCCUCCAUCAAGUUUUACUCGUUUGUACAACUUCUCAAAAUCUCAUGUACUCUGAGAAUGGAAAGACAACAAAAAAUAAUUGAAGAACAACCCGGUGAGAGUUUACAUUGAUAAAAUAGAUUGAAAUUUUGUUUUCUUUGCAAUUUGAUAAGUAUAAAUAAUAAGAUACGGUUCUUUUGAUUUUACUAUGCAAACUAUGUUUUAAUUGUUCUUACAAAUAAGAAUUUUAUUUCUAGCUUAAUUUUGCAUAUCUUAAGAAGUCCUCUGGCGCUGGCAUUGCUCAGUUUUUUUCAGGUAUCUUUAUAACGUUAAGUAUGAAAUGACGGAAAGAAAAAGAAGUUGUUUGCUGCUUCAUUGUUAUAAGGUUAAUGUUAACAGCGAAACACUCUGUAUUGAGAAAGUAUUUCUAAUGUAUUUGAAAUUCUUUGUGAUGUUCACUCGAAUACUCUUCUCCUUAAAACGGAGCGACAAAAUAAAAUACGUUCUGUACUCAUUCUCC